ACUGACGAACGCAGCGUGAUCGGGAGUGAAAGAGUGUUUCGUGCGUGAGUGAAAAUGAUGAGGAAAUCUCAUUCGCCGCAGGUGUACAAGAAGGACUUGCAGCCGAGAGUGUCGCUCGAUGUGGGGAACAAACAUGAGACGGAUUCACUCACGAUGAGCGACGCCCCGACGGAGGUCGAGAUGAGGCGCAGGAUUAAGUACGGCAGACCACUGGCGGCGGCCUGGGGGCUGUUCUCGGAGUACUGCAACAACAGCACAAUCCACGGUGUCAAGUAUCUCGGCGAGAGACGGCGUCCGUGGAUGGAGAGAGCUUGGUGGGUGAUUGUGUUCGUCCUUUCCAUUUACGGCUGUAGUCGAUUAAUCUGGAAUGUGUGGAAUAAGUGGGAUCAGAGUCCUGUUAUUGUGAGCUUCGCGGAAAAAUCCACACCAGUUUGGCAAAUUCCCUUCCCGGCCGUCACAAUUUGCCCCGAGACGAAGAGCAAAAGGGAGUUCCUCAACUACACCGAAGUCUACCAUCUCUUCCGCUCGUCAGAGCCAGAGUACAACUUGACUGACGAACAGAUUGCAAAGUUCGAGGCAGUGUCUCAAGUGUGCGACGCUCAUCUCGUGGCGGACACGAAAAUUGGGGAUAAUACAACUGACCAGAGGUGUGCGGAGUAUCUGAGGGAAAUGGCACCAACAGCUGAGGAAAUACUCUUCUUCUGCAAGUGGCGAAAUACUCCAGACACUUGCGCGGAUCUCUUCACGGACAUCCUUACGGAGGAAGGCUUCUGCUACACCUUCAAUGCCCUCAAUUCUUCGGACAUCUACAGAGAGUCGGCCAUGCACGAGAACUUUGUCUAUCAUACACACAACAAGACGGCAGAGUUCUGGUCGCUGGAGAAUGGUUACACGCCCGAAGCGUCUCUCACGCCUUUCCCAGUGCGUGUUCUUGGAGCAGGAGCCAGAGCUGGGCUGUUCAUCCUGUUGCGCCUCUACGAAUACGACUUGGACUACAUUUGUCGCGGCCCUGUGCAGGGCUUCAAAAUCCUGCUUCACACUCCCGGCGAAAUUCCGCAGGUGUCCAAGCAGUACUUCAGAGUGCCUCUCAAUCAAGAAGUUGUGGUUUCAGUGAAGCCCAACAUGAUCACGACAUCGGACGGACUACGAGACUACUCGCCCAAUAGGCGCCAGUGCUUCUUCAAUCACGAGCGCUACUUGCGCUACUUCAAGAUCUACACGCAGCAGAAUUGCGAACUCGAGUGCCUGUCGAACUACACACUGAGCCAGUGCGGGUGCGUGAAGUUCUCAAUGCCGAGAGAUGUGAAUACGCCGAUUUGCGGAGCGUCCAAGAUUGGGUGCUACAACGAUGCUGAGGACCAGCUGCUGCAGCGGGAGAUCAAAGAGGGUCUUCAGGACUCAAGGCUAAACGUCAAAGGCCAAACGCAAUGCAAUUGUUUGCCAGCGUGCACAUCAAUUGUUUACGACGCUGAGAUUUCUCAGGCAGACUUUGAUUGGGAGAGCCUCUUCGUAGCCUAUAAAAGUCCACUGGAUGAGUUUCCCGGUGUUCAACUCGCUCGCUUGUCCAUCUUCUUCAAGGAAACGCAGUUUAUCACAUCCAAACGCUCCGAACUAUAUGGCCCAACAGACUUUUUGGCCAAUUGUGGAGGUCUUCUUGGACUCUUCAUGGGUGUUUCACUCCUCAGCAUCGUGGAGAUUGUUUACUUCUGCACAAUUCGUUUGAUUUGCAAUCUGAGAACGCGCAAAAGUCGAAAAGCGUCAAUUGGCAACAAUCCGGGAAUUGUUGUUGUCACACCGAGCAAAAUUCACGCAGAUGUCCACGAUACUAAGUAAAAGUCACAACAUUUCACUUGCAUUGUCACACACACGCUUGCGAAUAAAGAGAUUAUAUGAGUCAUGGAAAGUUGCGUGUGACUCGCACGCGACCUUUGGUGUGCGUCUCUGCUGAAUCUUCACGAUUGCUCUUGAAACUGGGUCAUUAA